AUGGAACCAAACACUGGGGUGACAUUUGAUGAUGUUGCUGGAGUGGAUGAAGCAAAGCAGGAUUUCAUGGAGGUAGUGGAGUUUCUCAAGAAGCCUGAGAGAUUCACUGCAGUAGGGGCUCGCACUCCGAAAGGUGUUCUUCUUGUUGGACCUCCAGGUACUGGGAAGACUCUUCUGGCCAAGGCAAUUGCUGGUGAAGCGGGUGUUCCGUUUUUCUCCAUUUCAGGUUCGGAGUUUGUUGAGAUGUUUGUUGGUGUUGGUGUUGGUGCCUCUCGAGUCCGGGAUCUCUUCAAGAAGGCCAAAGAGAAUGUUCCUUGCAUUGUAUUUGUGGAUGAAAUUGAUGCCGUGGGAAGGCAAAGAGGAACUGGAAUUGGCGGAGGAAAUGAUGAAAGAGAGCAGACCCUUAACCAGCUUCUGACAGAAAUGGAUGGUUUUGAGGGUAAUACUGGCAUCAUUGUCGUUGCAGCAACUAACAGGGCAGACAUUCUUGACUCUGCCUUGUUGAGGCCAGGACGGUUUGAUAGACAGGUGACUGUUGAUGUCCCGGAUGUACGGGGAAGAACAGGGAUACUGAAAGUUCAUGCUAGCAACAAGAAAUUUGAUGCUGAUGUGUCUCUUGAUGUGGUAGCCAUGAGAACACCUGGUUUCAGUGGGGCUGAUCUUGCAAACCUCUUGAAUGAGGCAGCUAUUCUAGCUGGGCGGCGUGGAAAGGCAGCAAUUUCAUCUAAAGAGAUUGAUGAUUCAAUUGAUAGAUUAUGUGGAAGAAGGAAUAAAAACUACUUCGAAACCCAGUAA